CACCACCCCCCCCCCUGAGCGAUCCUGGCACCGCCGCCUCUUUAACCGUCCAAAGGCCGCCGCUGUAUCGUGACCUCUCCCAUCAUUCAUUACGCACUGCCGACGAGCGCGCAUUUCGGUUUUCUCUCUUCCCGGAGUUCAUCGUAGCCUCCGCCACCGUUCAUCCUCCGCCGCAGCUUUCAGGGGGACGUUUUAUCGACGGUUUGGGCAAUUGCGGAUCCAAACGACUGAAGCAGUUCAUCACCGCAAUGCAGGGCUUUUUAGGUUAUUCCUUGCUGGAUGCUGAGCUGGGGAUAUAGAAACACGAAUAAAUAUACGUAUAAAUUGGAUCAUUGAUUGGUGGUGAGGAGCGGUGCUAGAUACAAUGCGGUUGUUUCCAGUUUCAUCUAGCUUAGAUAGUUCACCCACGGAGCAGAACAACACAGAGAAAAGUCAGGCGAUGUUAUACUUAAAUGUAUAUGAUCUCACUCCUGUAAACAACUACCUUUAUUGGUUCGGACUCGGAAUCUAUCAUUCCGGUAUUGAAGUACAUGGCUUGGAAUAUGGCUUUGGAGCUCAUGAGUACCCAACCAGUGGUGUGUUCGAGGUUGAACCAAGAAGUUGCCCAGGUUUUAUCUUUAGGCGCUCAAUUUUGCUGGGCAGCACCGAAAUGUCACGUUCAGAACUUCGAUCGUUCAUGGAGCAUCUAUCCAACAGCUAUCAUGGGGAUACAUACCAUUUAAUUUCAAAGAAUUGCAAUCAUUUCACUGAUGAAGUCUGUGAGCGCUUAACUGGAAAACCUAUACCUGGGUGGGUGAAUCGAUUGGCUCGAGUAGGUUCUUUCUGUAAUUGUCUGCUGCCUGAAAGUAUCCAGGCUACAACGGUCAGACAUCAUCCUGAAAAUCAAAUGUAUUCAGAAGAUGGAAGUGAUUCUGGUGAAUCGUCUGUAAUAGGAGAGAGUGAAGGGGAGGAUCUGGAUCAUCAUCUGAUAACCACACCAAACAGUGAUGUAGCAUUUUUGAAAGACAAACCAGUGAGGCUAGCAAAAGAUGUUCUUUGAUUUUCGUUAUUUUUCUUUUCACAAUGUUAAAACUCACUGGUUUUGUUUGUGUCUCGUUUGUGGUAUUUUGUACAAGUAAUGUGUAAAUCUCUAUAAUUCAAUAGCUAAACAUCACCGAGUUGUUUCAAGUGCCUUUAGUCAAGUACAUGUGUGUAUCAUUCGCUUAAAUGUAUGUUCGGUCUGACUUUGGUUCCGUUCUUCUUCUACCUGUUUGCUGCAGAUUUUGUUGUAGAAUUGUUUUUUUUUUCGUAGUUUAAUGAAAAAAUGUUGUAAUAACUCCAGCCUGUCUUGUCUUGUAAUUCAGUUAUGUUGUUUUAAUGAUUGCUUUUCAUAUC